ACCUGUUGCUUUUUUCUAUCAUCUACUUUUAGUGAAAAUCUAAAAUGUAGCCUAAAUUAAUAUGGCUAUUUAAUGCCUAUAUCCUAACUUUAAGUUGUGUGUACUACUGUUAAUAAUUUAGAAUAGCUGACGAAGAGGAAGAAGGUUUCAAUCAAUAGAUUUAUUUUAUAUACAUUUAUGAAUUUCGAUGUAUUCACCUACCGAAAACUGUGUAGGAACCUUUAUGUGCGGAACGUUGAUCCGUUCCGUUUUCAGGAGGUCGGUGCAGCUUUGGUCCGACAAUGUUUUGUGUCCGUGUGGAAAACAGCCUCACUUGGAUCUGUACGGUGGAUUUGACAGCUGUAUUAUAUUUUAUCUUUAAAUAUUGUGUUGUUUAAAGGGUGUUGCUCUAUAAUGACAGUAUUGAGUGACUGUUAGCUGCAGAGAAAAACAUUAAAAGCCGCUAUGAGGCUAACUAGCUAGCUAACUAGCCAGCUAACGUUAGCCAGUAUGUUUAUGAUCAUGUCGGGACGUUUAACGCCUCAGACCCGUCAUUUUAAAGCUUUUAUUAAAGCGUUUCGACAGACGAACAGACCUAGAAGUGUCUCAGUCAGCUGUCAGUCUGAUGAGUAUAUCCGCAGGUUCAUUUCAGAGAACACAGAGGUCGUUGGAGAGCAGAGCCUGACCCCAGAGGUCAAACUCAGACUGUUCACCCCGAAGUGCAGGUUCUGGAGAGAGAGACCAGAGCUGUGGCCCUUUGAUGACCCGUACUGGGCCAUAUACUGGCCAGGAGGACAAGCACUCUCGAGGUUUCUUCUGGAUAACCCUGCAGUGUGUCGGGGUAAGACAGUCCUGGAUCUGGGGAGCGGCUGUGGAGCCUCAGCCAUCGCUGCAAAGCUGUCUGGUGCUGCUCAUGUAGUAGCUAAUGACAUAGACACUGUUGCAGCCGUUGCUACGCGCAUGAACUGCGAGGUGAACGGCCUGGAGCCGCCUGUUUGUCUGACUGAUAACAUGAUCGGUUCACCACUCGAGGGCUUUGACCUGAUCCUCCUGGGUGACAUGUUCUAUGACGAGGCCCUUGCCACCAGCCUUCACAGCUGGCUGGACCUCUGCAUCAAAACUCACGGCACCAGAGUCCUGAUUGGAGAUCCGGGGAGAGCCCAGUUUGAGGAACACGGCAUCCGACGACUCCUGCUUCAGCUGGCUCAGUUUGAGCUGCCCGAGUCUGUCAGAGAGGAGAACUACGGUCUGACCUGCAGCAGUGUUUGGUGCUACCGUCCUGAACUCUGAGGACUGGAGAUGAUCCUCUGUGCCGUCCUGUUUGAAUGUGUCACAUGUACUCACCUGCAAAGGACUGUGUCAGGUGUUUGGUGAUGACUUUGCAGUUAUUUUCUGGGUCAGUCACUUGUUGUCUUACCAAAAACUUUCUCCUGAUAUUUACCAGGAUACCCAGGAUGCACUGAAUCAAUAUCACAAAAUCAUUACAUGCCAAUGUUUCAUUUCCUGUACUGCUGCUAUGAAAAUAUUAAUAGAAUUUACAUAAAGAAUUGAAUACAUUUUCUGUAUUCUUUAUUUAUUAUUAUUAUUUAUUGUGCCCAAAGUCACAAUUUUUUUUUUUAUUUGGGGGCAAAAUCACAGGGCGAGUUCACGAAACUCCACAUCUUUAGCUUACGAAAAACAAAACAAAGUCUAGGAAUCAGUGGCCAAUAUGGAGCCCCCAUAUGUUCAAUACUACAUGGACAGAUAUGUAAUUAUGAAACAAAGAAUCUCUUAAUUAAUCCCCUUCAUAUUGACUUUGGUGUUCCGCAGCAUUUGUGACUGGGUAUCCUUUGUGGGACACUCAACAAUUUUCUGCUUUUAAUUGUUUAAUUUAAAUCCCCUCCCUUGUUCCAUAAUAAACAAGCUGUUCCUUA